AUGUCAGACGCCGAAGUUGAAGUCACUCCAACUUUUAAGAAACGUAAUUUUAAGAACAGAGGUGGCAGAAAACGUAAAGCAUCUAGUUCAGAAGAAAAGAGUAACUCUAGUUCAGACGAUCAAAAUGUAGUCAUACCUCAGAAGAGGCCACAGAAGAACAAUCCCAACAUACAGAGUACAUCAGGAGGAGGUACAAGAAGUGCUAAACCUCAGAUUGAUGAUGAUGAUAGUGCCUAUAGUGAUGAAGAGACAGUUAAACAGCGUACAACAUUAUCGGUACAACAACAGAGGGAGAAUGCUACAGCUACGUAUGAACUGGACACAGAGCAUGAUAAAGAUGCACAGGCUAUAUUUGAGAAAGCACAGAAGAUUAAUGAGGAGUUACACGGUCAAGCUGAUGAUAAGGUAUACCGAGGUAUAAAUAAUUAUGCUCAAUAUUAUAAGAAGAGAGAUACCGCUGCUGGUAAUGCCAGCUCAGGAUUGGUCAGAAAGGGCCCCAUCAGAGCACCUGCUAACCUACGAGCUACUGUCAGGUGGGAUUAUCAGCCAGAUAUUUGUAAAGAUUAUAAAGAAACAGGAUUUUGUGGAUUUGGAGACUCUUGCAAGUUCCUCCACGAUCGUUCAGACUACAAACAUGGAUGGCAGUUAGAGAGAGAAGAGGCAGAAGCCAAGGCAGCAGGUGGAGAUUCAGAUUACGAGGUCUCAAGCGAUGAAGAUCUGCCUUUUAGAUGUUUCAUAUGUAGGAAUAGUUUUACUGAUCCUGUUGUUACAAAAUGCAAGCACUAUUUCUGUGAGAAGUGUGCUUUGGAUAACUAUAAGAAAUCUACCCGAUGUUUCAUAUGUAAUGCUCAAACCAGUGGGAUGUUCAAUCCGGCUAAGGAGCUGGAAGUGAAGUUGAAGCGGAGCCGCAGCGAUGAUGAAGAUGAUGAUGGAAAUGGUGAUGAUUAA